AAGUCUUCGGCGCUGCUGUUGGAGGCCCUGGUGUUCGAAAGUAUCCGGAAGUGGCCGGGCCGUAGGCCUUUGAUGCGGGUCGGGAAAAAUGGCGGUGGUCGCUGUGUUCCCGGCUCUUGCGCGGAUGCUUGCUCUGUCAAGGCACCACCUGGUGUCUCCUUCACUCAGCAUGACGUCAUGCAGACGCUGCUACAGAGGUGACAGCCCGAACGAUUCCCAGAAGGAUAUGAUUGAAAUCCCUUUGCCUCCGUGGCAGGAGCGAACUGAUGAAUCCAUAGAAACCAAACGAGCCCGGCUGCUCUAUGAGAGCAGAAAGAGGGGAAUGCUGGAAAACUGCAUCCUGCUUAGCCUCUUCGCUAAGGAACAUCUGCAGCACAUGACAGAGAAACAGCUGAACCUCUACGAUCGCCUGAUUAAUGAACCCAGUAACGACUGGGAUAUUUACUACUGGGCUACAGAAGCAAAACCAGCCCCAGAAAUAUUUGAAAACGAAGUCAUGGUCCUGUUGAGAGACUUUGCUAAGAACAAAAACAAAGAGCAGCGACUGCGGGCCCCGGAUCUUGAAUACCUCUUUGAAAAGCCCCAGUGAGCUACGUGCCACCAUCUGCCUGGCCUCGGGGGCUCUACAGAUGCUCAUUGCCUGCGAUGGGUACUGGCCUUGAUGUCCUGCUUCUCCUUAGAUGCUCAGCCCACCCAGACCUCUGGUCCUGCCUGCAGUGAUGGACCCACCUCUCUCCAAGGACAUGUAUAUGUUCAGUGUGCCUCAUGCUAAGACCCUUUGGCUCCCAUCUAAGCCUCAGAAGCAGUUUAUCCAUGUCACUGUCGCUCAGGCCUGACUCUCUCUCUGGUUCCAUAGGAGGAAGCAUUGUGCCAGCUCACUGCUUCAGCCAGAAGUGUGCUCAGUGUGAAGAGGCAGCCAGCUGCCUGUGCUGUGUGGAAGGCUCCCCGGGUGAGCCAGGGCUUUGUCCCUGUGAAAUUCCCCCUCCCAGCCUGGGUUGGUUCUUUCUGCCAGGGGAAGCUGGUCCAAGCCCCCUGAGUGGAACCCUUCAAAGGCCCAGCAGGCAGAAUGAGGGCAGUGGGCAGGAACGGUGUGGGCGUGCUGCUUAAGAGUCAGCAUCCUCAGCAGAUUUUCUCUAGAAUGCUCAUUUUAUAAACUGAACGAUAAUUGUGUAUAUUAAAGAAUAUUUUAAAAAGGAAAAUCACAACUCCUCAACCCUCACCCAAUUAUUUUAAUUUUGUGUGUUCUCAUGCAGGCAUAUGUUUAGAGUUUUACAAGGUCACAAUCUCCAAGUUUCAAUUACAGCAAAUGUUUUCUGUAUUUCUGCAGUCUCCACAAUUGCUUGGAGAAGGUAAUGGCACCCCACUCCAGUACUCUUGCCUGGAAAAUCCCAUGGAUGGAGGAGCCUGGUAGGCUGCGGUCCAUGGGGUCGCUAAUCAUCAGACACAACUGAGCAACUUCACUUUCACUUUUCACUCUCAUGCAUUGGAGAAGGAAAUGGCAACCCACUCCAGUGUUCUUGCCUGGAGAAUCCCAGGGAUGGGGGAGCCUCGUGGGCUGCUGUCUAUGGGGUCGCACAGAGUUGGAAAUGACUGAAGUGACUUAGCAGCAGCAGCAGCAGCCACAAUUGCUUUAGUUGACAAACUGAUGAUGUGUAAGAAAUAACGUUAGGAUGAAUUAGCAGAAUGUGUUUAGCUCCAGAGCCAAAAGACUUCUGGUUGCUAGGAGUGUGGUUUUGUCUCGCUGGAGGAAUUUUGCCCUCGGAGCUAUCAUCCAGACAGAACAGAUGUCACCCAGAUUGGGCCAGGACACAGGUGUGAAUCAGAGGAAACAGGCCAGACUUGCUAGGCAGGCGGUUGGUGAACAACAGAGAUACACACAGGCAGGAAGUACCUGUUUGCAGCGUCAUGGAGUUGGGGUUCCCACGGAACCUCUAUGUGGUCCUGUUUGCCCUUCAGGGUUCUUGGCUGAUGAGAGGAGAGAACCAGCCUUUCAUUACUUACGAUCUCAGCAGAGCUUCCCAGCUCUUUUGUAGACAAGCGCUGUCGUGCCUAUUUUGCAGAUGAGAAAGUGGGCUCUGAGACAGUGGUCUGUCCCAGAUCGAGUUGCUAUUUAGCCAGAAAGCCAAAAUCUUGCUUAGUUCAGUCUGUCUCCAAAGCUCAUGAACUUUUCUGCCAGAACAUGCUGCCUUAACUGGUGGAAACUGUAGAAAUCUUCACUUUAAAAAGUUAUAGUGAAGAGACUUGACAGUUCUAAGCCAUGACCUGUGUGUCAUGUGGGGGACGGGAAGCUGCCAGGUGCUUCCCAAAAUAAGCACUCGGUCAUCCAAGGUAGCUCUUGGAAGAAGCAGGGCCGGCAAUAGGUACAAGUCAGAUCCUGGCUCCGUUGCUUACUUGCUGGGUAAGUGAAUGGGGCUGAGCCUCAGUUUUCUUCAUCUAUAAAACGGGGUUGAUGACUUUCCCUGUCUUAACUCUUUCUGAAGAUCAGACAUGAAGAGAGAAAGCUCGUGUCUCAAGACUUUCAUCGUCCUCAUCACACAGUACGCUGUUGGUAGAUGUUAGAUCUCAGCAUUUGGUCGUGGCUUCAGUCUGAGAAGUUGUAUCUUAACGCAAAAGGCCUGGCAUGCCAGCAAGGUCACCAGAGCUUUGUGCAGGGCCAAGUCCUCUGCCGGUAGGAAAGCCAGGCCUGUUAGAGGACCACGGGGUGUCUUAACCAGCCAGCAAAGACUGGAGAGAAAACAGACCCUGGUUUCUUUGAAGGAAAAGAGGCCUUUGAAGGAAAAAUCUGUAGCAUGAUCAUCUAAGCAAGGAAUGGGAGUGAGAAAUGGAGGGCAGAGCCGAUUUUGAUGGCCCAGGGAGCUUACUGCCGACUCUGGCCAAUCUCUCGGGCCUUGUUUGAUGUACCGUGAGGAGAAUGUUAAUGUAGGGACUUGAUGGAGAGAGAUGUCUGGACUGUGAGAAGUACAUAUGACAGUUGGGCAGUGACCCAUCUGUUCUGGACUCCUAGACAGCAAAUCUCAGCAGCCAAGUAUGCAAUUUGGGCUUUUUCUCCCCCCUGGAGGUUUGAUCUCUUCUCGCCUGAUUUUUGUCUUAUUUAAUAUAAGGGAUUCAGCUGCCACUUUCACCUGGGGAUGGCAUGCUUCUAAAGAAGUUGUUUUCUUCCCAGGCUGCUGGUCUCUGUCAUCUCUGAAAGUGAAGGAUCUUAACUAACUUCAGCUGCUCAGUGUCAGACCCAGGGGUGCUAUAUGAACGGUUUUUCCCUUUAUUAGGCAUUAAGUGAAACUAGGCCAACCACAGGACAUUUUUUAAAAAUUAAUAAACAGAGCAAGGGCCAGCAGCCCCCCAAGGAUCCAUGAGGAACCAGAAUCUGGACUCAUUCCUCUCCGUCUGACACCUCACUGCUCGCUGACCUCAUUCAGAGUGUGUGCACACAGGCACCUGGCCCUGCCCCGCCCCUCCUGAAGAGGUCUCGAAAGACCUGCCCCGCCCCUCCUGAAGUGGUCUCGAGAGACCUGUCACACAGGCUCCCACAUCAGACGUCAAAGGGAGGCAAUAAAAGCUGUCCUCUCCCCAGCGUUUAAGUCUCCAAAGUCCAUAAGCCAAAUGCCCUUUGCCCAACUCUGGACCUUAGAUGGGGCAUAUCUGUUGGGGUCACUACAAAGCCACCUCUGACCAGCACAGGCUGUCGUCUGGAGGUCACGUGCCCCGUCUUAGCUCCAACCAGGGUGGCAACUGGCACAAACCUCACUCAUUUUCAAACAGCCCUAGGCAAAGAUUCCACUGUGCAAGUUGAGAGUUUAUCUUUCCGUCCAUCUGGUAGACAAUGAGGGAGGCUCCAUGAUGGGGAAGCUCACACAGCCGUACACAGCAAGCAGGGCUGGGAGACUUUUCUGGUAGCUUGUUAUUAGUACAGCCGGUUGUAUCUGAGGGUGGAGGACUUGCCAUCCUGCAGCUGUCAAGCCAAGAGUGCUCAUGAGGUCCCAGUUAAGCCACCUUGUUUGGUUUCCCAGUGAACCCUCUGGAAGUGAGGACCGGCAUUAGGAUCUCCUCCCACCCCCAUCAGGCAACAUAGCAUCGGUGGGACAGUGACCUGAGGCAAGGAGUGCUCCUCUGCCUUUAAAAACCAAAUAUCUGAAAAAAAAAGAACAUGUGUCAGGCACCAGACAUUUCAGGGUGGAUGGUGGAAACGCUGAAGCUAUCGAAGAUAAAUAACAUCAGGCAUCCAAAGAGGAGAUCAGUAAGGAGAUCUACCUCCUUGUAGCCUGAGGUAAAGUCUCCGUCUGGGUCCCGGGUCUCGCCCGAAUCCAGAUAUCCCUGCCAAGGAUGAGACUACUAUCUUUAAAAGGACAACAUAAAUGCACUUUCCAUAACUACACAUCACAGCAUGUAACAUUAAAGAGCAAAUUACGACGUUAAGAUGAACAUAGUUUCCCAGUGGGUUUCAGUUAGUUUCUGUGUUGUGGAACGUCCACAUUUGGUGACGCCCUGGGGCACGGGUUGGAGAAAUAGAGCAGAGCAGUUUAGGGAGAUGGACCUAAGGUAGAAUCCUGGCUCUCCCAUUGGUCAGCUGGGUGACCUUGGACAUGCUGUUUAACCUUUUCCACUCUGUGUCUCAUCUGUAAAAGGAAAGGUCAAAGAGCCACCUCAUGUGUUGCCGCAAAGACGAAGUCAUGCGUGGGAAGUGCUCGGCACGGUGCCUGGCACCCGAGUGACAUCAUCACAGCCAGUGGUGUUGGCUGAUGGUGUGCCCAACACUCCUCAGAGCUUUCCUCGGAUGACGUCACUCAGGCCUCACAACAGGGAUCUGAGGCGGGCACAGCUCUCAUUUCCUUUGUCCAGGUGAGGAAAGUGAGGCCUGGUGAGAUUAAGCUGCUUGCCCCAAAUCACAGCCCAUAAGUGGGGCAGCUGGAUUUGGAAGCUGGACAGUGGGCCUCCAGUGCCUGUGCUCCGAAGCCAUCCACCACCUGCUUUAUAAAGUAAGCAGGGCAUUGAGAAGCACUUGCACAACUGGGCUUGCCUGAGCUCCUUGCACCGCUACUGCCGCCACCUGGAAGACUUCCCAGGUGAGCCUUCCAGAGCGUGAGAGACGUGUGUCCAAGUCAUACUUGUCCCCUCAACCAAAGUCAGCCGAUAGGCAAGUGGCCCCGACCCUAACACAGCCAAGCCCAGUCCAGAUUGCAAACCCAGAGACCCUUAAGGUAAAUAAAUGCUUAUUACUUUUAAGCCACCAAGUUUUGGGGUGAUUUGUGAUACAGCAUUAUUAUAACUGUUGGUAACUGACACAGAUGGUAAUUGGGCUUCCCAUAUAGAUGU